CGUCCAUCCCGCCCUCCUGGCCUCCCUCUAUAUGUAUUGCUUCGCACUGAAACCCUAGAUUCCAGACUUCGGCACCGAAGCCCUACAUCCCUUUCCAGUUGCUCAGCAAACUCUAUUCGGAUAGAGAAUCAUGGGAGUGUUCAGCUGCAGCACCGAGAUCACGUCCUCCAUCCCCGCGGCCAAGGCGUUCGAGGCCAUCGUCAACGCCAAAAAUCUCAUCCCUAGGGUCCUCCUGCCUGUCGUCAAGAGUGCCGAGUUCAUCGAGGAUAUCAAUUCCACCGAAGGCAACCGGUACAGGACAGUGAAGCAAAAGGUCGAGAUCCUGGACAAUGAGAACUUCACCUACUACCAUGCGAUCAUCGAGGGCGACGCGUUGGGCACUACCUUGGAGCAUAUCAGCUUUGAGGUGAAGAUCACCGCGUUGCCUGACGGAGGCUCGGUGUGCAGGAACAUGAGCACGUACUCAAGAAUGACGCGGACAUCACCGAGGAGAAAAAAAGGGCCGUGAAGGAGAAGGCGAUCGCGUUGUUCCCGGCCAUCGAGGCUUAUCUGGUGGCAAACGCUCACGGUUAGCGGAGUCACUGUGGUUUUAUUUCAGGAAGUUGGUGCUGUGGUUUUGUUUUUUUUUUCCAUUCUUUUUCUUUUGGGGUCUGAUGGUGCACUGUUUUAUGGGGUUUUAUUAUCGGAAAUUUGGUGCUGUGGUUUUGGGGUUUUUGUUUUAUCCUCAAAUGAGAGCAGGUUAGGGCUGCUAUUUGUCG